AUGACCACUGUAGAACUACAAAUACACUAUGGGGGAAAUUUUGUUAAAGAUAAAGAACUGCAGUACAUAAAUGGGGAUGUUUGGUGUGUUGAUAUAGACCCAGAUUUACUUUCAUAUCCACACUUACUGAAGUUUAUAAAAGAAGGUCAGUAUGGAAAAAUAGAGACAAUGUAUUAUAAAGCACUCCAUGAGCCAUUGGACAAACUAAGACUGUUGUGGAACGAUGCAAGUGUGCUAGACCUCACUGCACUAGCAAUUAGAUUUGAGUCAUGUGAUAUAUAUGUAGAUCACAGAAUAGAUGAUGUUGAAUUAGUUCCAAGUCAUUUGUUACAUGGUUGUGAAGGGAAUUGUGAAGGGAGUGAUGAAGGGAAUGGUGAAGGGAGUGAUGAAGGGAAUGAAGGUGAUGAAGAAGAUAAUGAUUCUCAUGAAGUAAACAGGGAGAAUUCUGAUUUUGAAAAUGAUGUUGGAGGAGUUAAACGAGAGAAUGAUACAGUUGCGGGAAAGGGAAAGGAAAAUGAGGUUAAGGACCCACCAACCCAAGAGUCAGAGGAAGAAGAAGUUGAACACCAUAUAACACCUCCAUCUAAAAAAUAUAAGCUGUCAUCUUAUAAUCUAGAAUGUGAUUUCCCUGAGCUUGAAAAAGGGAUGUUAUUUGAGGAUGCAACACAGUUUAAGACUGUCAUGAUCAAUUGGGAAGAAAGGUAUAAGUGUUUCCAACUGAAAACAUGCCUACUUGAGCAUAGGUGCAAUAACAAAUACAGUCUCAAAUUGGUUACUCAAAAAUGGUUGGAACAAAAGUACAAGGAUAUAAUUAUAAAAGACCCAACCAUGCAACAUACCAAGCUUAGGGAUCAUAUUCAGUCUGAGUUGAAGAUUAAUUUGACCAUCACUAUGGUGAGAAUGGCACAAAAAGCAGUUUUACACAGGGUGAAUCUAGGGUAUCCAGAGCAGUUCAAGAGAAUAAGAGAUUAUGCUCAAGAGUGUUUGAACUCUAAUGUUGGAAGCACUAUAAAGAUUCAGUCUACUAGGGUAGUUCCAGAAGCAUCUUCUACAUUUCAGAGAAUAUAUAUUUGUUUCCAAAUAAUGAAAAGUGGGUUUCUAUCUGGGUAUAGACUUAUAAUUGGUUUGGAUGGUUGUUUUCUUAAAGGGGGGAUGAAAGGUGAGCUCUUAGCUGCUAUUGGGAGGGAUUCAACUAAUCAGAUGUAUCCAAUAGCUUGGGCAGUUGUUGAGAUAGAAAACACAGACUCUUGGAGAUGGUUUUUACAAUUGUUGAUUAAGGACUUGGCUAUUAACAAUAGCUAG